AUGCCUCCUGGUUUUCAACAACAAGUUAGACCACCAGUUCUUGGAAAGAAGUUCCAAGUUGAAGAACUUCUCUUGCAAUAUAUAUCACAGAAUGAUGCUAUAAUUCAAAGUUUUGGAGCAUCCUUAAGAAAUCUUGAAACCCAAAUGGGACAGCUUGCAAACUUCAUGAACAAUAGACCCCAAUGUGCCUUACCAAGUGAUACACAAGUAAAUCCCAAAGGUAGGGAACAUUGUAAUGCAGUUACACUUUGGAGUGGAAAAGAAGUUGGAGGGGUGAAUGAAAAAUCAAUUGAAUCUUCAAAGGAGCAUGUAGAUGAUGACAAGGCAAUUGUUGAGAAAGAAGUUGAAGUGGAAAAGACAGAUAAUGGGCAAGCUAAAAAUCAAGGGGAUUCUCAAGCAACUUAUCUUACACCACCAUUCCCACAAAGGUUGAAAAAGCAAAAGAUUGAUAAACAGUUUGAGAAAUUCCUCAAUGUCUUCAAGAAGGUCCACAUAAACAUCUCUUUUGCUGAAGCUUUGGAAAACAUGCCAAGUUAUGUUAAAUUCUUAAAAGACAUCUUAACUAAGAAGAGGAAACUGGAAGAUUUUGAAAUAGUGGCACUUACUGAGGAGUGCAGUGUAAUAAUUCAAAACAAGCUUCCAUCAAAACUUAAAGAUCCAGGGAGUUUUUCUAUACCUUGUACUAUUGGUAGAUUUAAAUUUACUAAAGCUUUAUGUGAUUUGGGUGCAGGUGUUUCAAUCAUGCCUUUGUUAAUUGCUAAGAAUCUAGGACUUAACGAGAUACAACCUACCACAGUUUCUUUGCAAUUAGCAAAUAGAACAAUCAGAUACGUUGUUGGGAUUAUUGACGAUGUAUUGGUUAAAGUUGGGCAUCUCUACAUUCCGAUGGACUUCAUUGUGCUUGAGAUAGAAGAGGAUCUAGAAAUUCCUUUAAUCUUGGGGCGGCCAUUCUUGGCCACUACAAGCGCAAUCAUUGAUGUGAGGGAAGGCAAGAUAACUUUCAAACUUGGAGAAGAGGAAGUUGAGUUUAACAUUUUCAACGCAAAUAAAAAUCCUAGCUUUACAAGUUGUUGCUAUAGAGUGGAGUUAAUUGAUGAAGGAAAAGGUGAACCUAUUUCUCCACCAACAAUUGAGCAAGCACCAAUCUUUGAGUUUAAGCCACCACCUCCGCUUGUGAGACCCAAGCAAUCAGCAACGGAGCAUCCUCCACCAUGA